AUUGUGUUGAACACAUAAUUGUUGUUAAUUUUGUCGUUGGUACUGUAUAGAACACGCAAAUAUGGAUUGUCACGCAAAUUCCUCGCAUUCCAAAGUUACACGGGGAAUAAAGUUUCAGGAAGCGGAAUGGCCGAGGUACUCAACGCCUGAAUGAAGAUGUUGAAUAAUAAUGACCCUGAUCGGUAAAGCAUUUGCGCCAAGGACAUUAUGGCUCACCACGAAUUUCUUCCCUUAUGUGACGUUCUAUUUAACAUAAUAUCUUUAGCGUCCUAUUUCUGUGAUGUUGUGUUUGAUGUUGUUAUGGGUUAUGCUUUGUUUGAACGUGGUCGACACGUAUGGUUUGCUGUUUCAUUGACUUUUGUUGCUACGUCUCUUGUGAUUAGUCAAGUCAUAUCUUUAAAAUGGUAUAUAUGUGCGUGUGAAUCCCGGAGAAAAGUGAAAGAAAAGUCUAAGAAUGAAGAUGCUGCGACGGCACCGACGUCAAAUAAUCGAGAACGUUGCUUUCAAUGGCUUGUGGGUCUGUUACAUGUCAUCCAGUGCGGAGUUUUGUGGCGCUAUUUUAAGUUAUUCAUACCAGUUGAUCUUCGUUAUGUGAAGCACGAAGUGAGAGACUUGUGUAUGCUAAGAUUAUUUCAUGCUUUUUGUGAGGCAGCUCCAAUGUUACUAGUCCAGCUUUAUCUUUUGUGGCAAGAGACUUCACCGAAGAAUUUUAGUGACUUAAAUAUAGUGUCGACAGUGUUGUCUCUUUUUAGUGUUUGUUGGGCUUUGGCCUCGUUUAGCAAAAACGUUAGACUUCAAAAUGUGCAUCGAUUAGUUUUAACAUGGCUAGGCGUGAUAUUUCAAUUUAUGUGGCGUUUAGGAACAGUCUCAUCACGUGUAACAGCAUUGACUGUGUAUGCUACAUUGUAUGGACACUGGGUGUUUCUGGUGAUCGGGCUGCACUGGAUAUCAAUGUUUCUGUGGCUCAUUUCCCCAAAGAAUGUCUUUCAUGGUGAAAGGAUAUCAAGACGGAGGAAGGCUGCCUUCUCAGCUCUCAUAGCAUUUGUAUAUGUUUUCUCAUAUAUAAAUUUGCAGGAAGUUAAUCCUCGGCAGAAAAUGGCAACAUUUUAUGUAGUCAUGUUUCUGGAAAAUGCCCUGUUGGUUACUGCCUGGCUUGUUGGCGUGUGGAGUGAAGCACCCUGGUAUCGAAACACUGUGCCGAUAGUUGUGUUCGUUUCAUUUGCAACUGGAAUUUGCUUCAUGAUUCUCUACUACCGGUAUUUUCAUGUCAGAAGGUUACGUUAUGAAGCAGGUGGAAGACCAAAUACUUAUAACAACAAUUGUGAUUCCACACAGAGAUUAGCUAAUGUAAAUAAUGUAAACUGUGGUGAAGUGGUGGCCCAUGGCAAAGAUGAACAAACUGCAGUGGCAAAAGAAGUGCACUGUAGUGGGAAGGCAGUCAAUAACUGCCAGCAGCGGUGCACCAAUGGUUACCUGCCCUACCAGCAUGGAGGCAUACCUGGCGUGUUCAACUGUCGCUUCAACAAUCCAGUUACUUCAACAGCUGCAACUAAAAGGAAAAAGAAGAAGCCAACAUCAUUUGUCCCUCCUCCUGCUGUUACUGCACUACCUUCUGUUGGUGUACCCAGUCUGUCCAUUCAACAACAACAAAACUGCUUGCAAGAACCCUACAGCAGCAAUAUGUCACUACAGCUACAGAACUCUGUUCCAUUUUGGAGGAGGCCUUUGCCAAACAACCAACACAAUCAUCAGGUAAAUGGUGGCUCAAGUGAAAAUGAAGCAAGCAGUGUUGGCUCAAGGGUGAACAUACAGCAGAAACUGCAGGAAAAGAAACAGAAGCAGUUAGCAGAGCUUCGGAUAAUUGAGGAAGAAAUAAAGCAGGGUAAAAUACAGAGACCAGGUUCAGGUGCACCGUCAGGUGUCGGCGAUGACUUUGGCUCACUGCCUCGGCAGCCGAUACCGAGAGCUAAGCGACACAACCAGGGUGGUUGGCCACCACCGACACCUCCGAGUUCCAGAGCUCUGCCACCACCAUACUCUUACCAUUUACUCCCACCCCCACGUGCGAAGCAUCGUUCCAAAACACCUGAGAUUCUCCUGGCGCCUCAUUACCUCGAGGGCAACAGCAUCUACUGCAGCUGGGAGCACGAACGAGGCCCUGUAUAUCGGUUGUCAGAUGAUGACCACAUGGACAGGGAGUGCAGCAGCGACCACGGAUCGAGCUACUCGGAGGCGGCGGCCCGGGGAGCGAAGGAUGCCGGCUGCGACAGUGGGAGUGCAGGGGAUGUUGAUUCAGGAGAUGAAACUCCACAUCACAACCACGAACCGCCUCAGCACCAUUCGAGACCUGUGAGAAUGCGGCCAUAUCGGGGUUAUGUAAGAAGAGAUCUGCAUGAAACAAAACUGUGAUUAGUAUUUUUUAUGUUACUACACUGUAAAUUGUA